AAGACGGUGAUCCUCGGACGUCGGCCAGCUAGCCAGCCAGAACGGUUCAGUUUCAGUCGAGCUUUCGAAUAGAAAAUAGAUUAGAACCAAAACGAAACAAAAAAAAACUACACCUCCAGGGAAAAGUGUGGUCAACGAAGAAGAAAGCCUUGGCUUCGAAACCAUUUUCUCAAUUCAUCGAAUCUACGCAACUUCGCCAAGCUGAUUGAUUAUAAGUGAUUUAACGCCGUGCGGAAAUGACACUGAAAGACGAGAUUGUCGCCUCCUCGGCGGAGGUCAAACCCGACUUUGGCGAAGCGUACUCCACCAAGGACGAAAUCCUUCAGCUCUCGUCGGCCAUCAGCCGGAGAUCAUCGAACGCCGCCGCGGCAGCAGCACAGCCCCCUUCGCCACCCGCUUCGUACCGACCCCAGGCUGAGUACGAAUGUGCUGGCCCGGUGGUGAAGCACCAUCAUCACCACCUGCACCACCCGCACCACCAGCAUCCAUGCGAAUCGAUCGAAAACAGCCAACUGUUGUACCGCUAUCAACGAUUUCAAGACUACUACAGCCGGAGCAGCCAACUGCAGGGCAAAGACGCCGAAGCCGACGGGUCCAAGAUGUACGAUAUUUUGGUGGUGAACAAAAACUACGAUGCCGAAGGACCCGACUCCAUCUCCGUGCGGGUGGGAGAUCUGGUUGAAGUUCUGGACAUGGGCGUAUCGUCAGCAGCUGCCGCUGCCGGAGCAAAGAGGCCAAAACUAGAUCCACAGCUGAACGUCGGCAAGACGGAAAGCCUGCUCGAUAGUUCCAUUUCCAAGCACAAGUUAUCCAUCAAACCGAAAAAGAACUAUCACAGCUCGCAGUAUCGGAGAAGUGUUAGUCCGCAGCCACCACAGUAUCAACCGAAACCGAACGAAAAGUGGAAAGUGCGAAUCUUCGACGGGGACGACAAUGCCAAAGCGGGUUGGAUACCGGUUUCGGUACUGGACAUCAUGCACACUGAUCAGGCCGUGUUCGGUGAUAAAGCAAAUGAUGCCUCUUACCGCCGGGAAGCCGUCGUUCGUGAGCUGAUUGAAACUGAGGAGGAAUUCGGCCGGGACCUGCAGCUGGUCGUCGACAACUACAUCAAGUUCAUCGACAACCCGGACAACAAAAUUCCCCGGCAGAUCCGCGAUCACAAGGACGACAUCUUCAACAACUUCAAACAGAUCGCGGACUUCCAUAAUACUGUACUCAUCGAAGGUGUCAAGUACUAUGCCAACAAUCCGAAAAUGAUUGGCAAAACGUUCCUGCGGUUGGAGCGUGACUUUGACAAGCAUGUGCGGUACUGUCGGGACGCGCCGCUUGCGCAGGAGUUUCUGGCCGCCAACGAUGCCGUUCGAGACUUUUUUAUGGAACUCUCCAUCACCCUAGACGACGACAAAAGUUUAUCGGAGCAUCUCAAACUACCCAUCCAGCGGAUCAACGACUACAAGUUACUCUUUAAGGAACUUCUCAAGUAUUCCACUGCCCUCGGCGAAAAUGUCACCGACCUUCAGAAGGCCCUAGAGUUGAUGCUCUCGGUGCCCAGUCGAGCAGCAAAUAACCGAUAUUUGGAGAGCAUCGAAGGCUUUCGGGGAAACCUCCAGAAGCUAGGUCGCGUACUCGCCCACGAGUACUUCGGAGUUAAAGACAAGGAGAACAAAAUCAAAGAGCGUUAUCUGUUCCUAUUCAAAUCUCGCGUACUCAUCACCAAAGCAAAACGGCUAUCUGACGAAAAAUCCAUCUUCGUACUCAAGGACGUCGUCAAGCUUCCGGACGUACAGAUCAGGGACGUCGAUUCGCGCGCCUUUGAACUUCUACCAAAGGUCGGCGGCCGAGGAGACACCGUUCAUCUGAUUGCCUACUCGGAGGAGGCGAAACAGCGUUGGAUCUACGAAAUCGAAGAAUACGCCGAAAACGCGGUUGCACUCCAGGAACACGCCAACGACGAUCUGCGUAUCGAUCCGACACAGACCAACAUCGACGAUAGUAUCAUCAAGCUACCGCAACGAAUCGAAGCCCAUAAAACCGACGAGAAUAUCAAACCUUCGGAUUUUGCCGAAAACUACGUGGUAUUCAAGCACAAAGCAUCACAUCGAGAAGAAGCUCAAUCGGUGCAGCAAACCGUCAGUCAAGAGGCGGUUCAAGCGGAAGACGAAGAAGAGAAACCUGUAAGCGUUCAGAAGCGCCUUGCAGCGCUCGAGGUUAAAAAGUCUUCCCGUAAAGCCGAGGCAGCUACCACUAAGCAAGAAAUAGUGCAGCAACAGUCGCAAAAGGUUGUUCAAAGCAAUACUUCAAGUGUCCAAGUGCAAGAAACUAGAACCUCUUCUACUGUUGUUCAAAGUUCAGCGACCAAACAGGAGUUGGUUCAAGAAUCAAAAACAGCAGCGGUUAAGCGACACCAGGAAUCUCAAUUAGAGGCACAAUCUAAAGAAGCUAAACUAUCUAGUCAAACACAAGUUAGAACUCAAGUGAUUGAAUCCAGUUCAGCUGCAGUUCAACAAGCUACACAACUUCAAUCUCAAAGUAAAGUACAGCAAAUUCAAACAACAGCAGUUGCAUCCUCCCAACAAUCUGCUUCUAAAGUCGAGGCUAAAUCUUCUUCCCAAGUUCAACAACAAGCUGUUCAAACCAAGCUACAUCAACAAGAAGGGAUUGCAAAGGUCUCAAGCUCUUCUCAACAGCUACAACAACUAACUGAAACAAAAGCAGAGGUUUCAACAGUUAAGCAGGAUUCUACACCAUCGUCACCUGCCAUCGACGCCGAUUCCAAAAUCAAACAACUUGAAUCAAAAUACGAAGCACUCAAACAAAAGAAGCUCGAGCAAAACUCCGAAGAAGUCGACGCCAAGUUCCAGAUUAUCGAAUCCAAAUUUGCAGCACUCAAACAAAAGCAGGAACAACAGAAGCAGAAACUGCAACAGGCUGAACCGGAAUCGAAACCAUCCGAACCUCUCAGCAAGCUCCAGCAAAUCGAAUCGAAGUACAAGAAUCAGGAGCAGCAGCAAGAAGUUCAAGUGAAACAAGAGGUUACCGAGGUCCAGAAGUCGAAACCUUUAACCAAAGUAGAACAAAUCGAGUCGAAAUACAAAUCAAAAGAAGAGCAACAAAUUGUUGAUGUAAAGACUCAAAUAACCGAAACUGUUUCGCAAGAGCAAAAACAAGAGCCGUCGAGACCACUGUCCAAACUAGAACAGCUAGAGUCGAAAUAUAGCAAGAAGAAGCUUUCUAUCGACCAAUCAGUUGAAGUAGCCCCAGUUGCAGUAGCCGAACCAUCAUCAUCUGUUGAAAUUGUUCAGCCCCAGACACCAGAUACUCCAUCUAAAAUUCAACAGAUAGAGUAUAAGUACGCAUCACUCAAGCAAAAGCAACAACCGAUUGUGCAAGAGGUUCAAGCGUCCGAAAACGUCGAACAACCGGAGCCGCAAUCCAAACUUGCCCAGAUCGAAGCAAGACAUACCGCACGUCGUCAAUCGUUCCAAAAAGAUCAAGAGUCCAUCGAACAGCAACAACAAUCAAAAAUCCCCAUCGCCACUGUUGGCAAGGCCGUAGAGCAGAAAAAGGAAGAGAAGCACUUCACCGCCCAAAAAGUCGAGGCAGUAAAGUUACCGGAAAUCCCGAAGAAGCCAUUCGAAAGCAAACCCGAAGAGGUAAAGACUGAACUCACCAAACCAGUCGAAGCACCAAAACCCAAAGUUGACAAAAAAGAUCGUCCCAAACUUCAGAUCCCAGUUCCAGAAAAACGGGUGGAAGAACCAAAAGCUCCCGAAAGUCCUAAAAGCAAAAAGAGACCCGACUCACCUAAAAGUCCGAAGGGUAAGAAAUCACCAGUCAAGUUACCGGAAAGUCCGAAGCUACCAGAGUCCAAGUCAAUUGAAAAUAAGGCUGAGACUUUGAAGACACCAACGAAAGUUCCGGAGCAGCCCAAGGCAGUAGAGAAGAAGGCUCCAGAAACCCCUAAGACACCAACCAAGGUCGCGGAAAGUCCCAAGCAAGUCGAGAAAAAGGCACCAGAGAGUCCCAAAGUAAUCGAGACACCAGUCAAGCCAAUUGAAAGGAAAGAACCAAAAACACCAUCCAAAGCUCCGGAAAGCCCGAAGACUGUUGUAACACCUAAAACGCCAGUAAAGGCACCGGAGAGCGUUAAGCUAACGGAAUCUGCAAAGGCUCCGAAUACACCGAGCGGAAAGAAGACUGAAACUGUCAAGGUUCCAGAACAGUCCAAGACUGCCAACAAAAAGCCGGAAACUUCAAAAGUUGAACCAACACCGCAGAGCCCCAAGGUUGUCGAGACACCAAAAUUACCGGACAAGAAGGCCAUCGAUCCCCCUAAGAGUACAGUUAAGCCAGUUGACAGCCCCAAACCAGUAGACAAGAAGCUAUCAGAGUCGGCCAUCGCCCAGAGCUCGAAGCUCAAAGAGCUUGAGAAGAAAUCAUUCGAAGCGAAGAAGGUCGAAGCCGUCAAGCUACCGGAACUACCCAAGAAGGAGGAACUAAUUAAACCAAAAGGUACAGCAGAAUCCGCUAGUGUAACAGGUUGCGAUACUCCUGUAGCGGUUUCCGAGCAGGAUACUUCUCUAGAAAGCCUAGUGGAACAGAAGUCUAGAGAGGAAUCCCUCAAGCAUAAGCUAGAGGAAAUCUACGAACGCGAAAAGGCUGCCCUUGCUGAAGCCAAACGAAUCCGACAAGCAGAAGAAGAGGAGAUUCGUCGGAAAUUUGAACUUCGUGGUGAACGGGAAAUCCAACAAAUCAAAGAAGCUACAUCGGAAAUUUUAGAGCAAAUACAAGCUACCAGAGCAUCCGUAAAGUCAGUACUGGGAUUAAACGAACAGAAUAAACCUAGUAUCAGCAAAGCAGCGAGUAAAACUAACUCGAAGUUACCGAAAAUCACUAAAGCGGCAGAUUCUGAAUCUCAGCAACAACAGCAGGCUCCACCACACGAUCAAAGUGGUGAACAACGAGAGUCGGCCCAAGGAGGCGACAACGGAGGUAGUAAUCAAAACAAUCAGCAAAAUCAAGGAGACGAUAGCCAAGAAGGAUCCGGUGAAGGUAACGGAGGAAAGCGAACACCGCCGCCGUUGCAGUUACCCACGUUUUUCGACCCACCGCCGCCACCAGUAUACCAAGCUACUAUUGAAGUCUUCAUCAAAAAGGAACGCCCUCCACCACCGCCACCUCCAAAGAUUACCAGGAAAUUAGUAGUGAAUACAGACGAACUUGAACGUAAGACUAAGCUGUUCUUCGAAGGUCAAAUAGAAGAACCAGAUCCAGAUUACAGCGCAGCAGCUGCCCAACGCAAGAUCAAAGGUAUCAAGCAUUUGUUCGGUAAGACUGGUCAAACAGUAAACUACGCCGAGGAUACCAUCCAUAAGGCAGAACAAGGAGAAUUCGAAAGCAUCCUUUUCCCAGAAGAGGAAGAACCCAAGCCAAAGGAGCCUGCUUACGAAUACCAGUACACGGUUGAAGACCCAGUCACUGGAGAGAAAAUUUGUACUGCUGAUCCUAACGUCGUAUUGAUAGAAAAGGAACUAGCCAUGGAUGAACACCAUUCUUCUAGGUAUUCUUCGCUAAGACAGUCUUCCCGCCGAGGACGCACUCUAGAAGCGCAACUCGAGGAACUAGCCGAUUUCGAGGUCAAGCACGAAGAGAAGAUGUCGACUACCCAUACCGAGAAACUACGGGUGCCUACCAACAUAAGGCCCCACUUUUUGAAGGCAAUUCACGGCCUGAGCGUCGAGCCCGGUGAAAAUGCGAAGUUUUCGUGCCAAAUCGACGAGGAAUCGACCGUCCAAUGGCUCAAGGAUAACAAACCGUUAGAUGACAAGCUAGCCGAUCGCGUCAUCAUUAAGGAAGCCGGUGAUCUUACGCAUGUUCUGGAGAUUCAGCACUGUCGCGAGGAAGACAGCGGUACCUACACGGCUCGGGCCAUCAACGGUACGGAGAAUGCCUCCUGUACUGCCCAGCUGAUUGUCGAAAAACUGACCCCAGAGCAGAGAAAGGCGCUUUCCGAAACCAACUCGCCGGUGUUCAGUGUGAGUCUGAAGGACACAGAGGUCAUCGAAAAGACUUAUCUGACUUUCAUGGUCAAAGUCAGGGGCGAUCCCAAGCCAAAGAUUCGAUUCUGCAAGGACGACCGUGAGAUCUUAGACACCGACAAGCGUAUGAAGGUCGUCCGCGAGCGUGAAGACAGCGGAUACUACGAGUUGAUUAUACCCGAAGUACACAAGGGCGACUGUGGUGUCUACUCGUGCACAGCCUACAACAAAUUCGGCAGCACCAAAACCCAGGCACAACUAUUGGUAUCGGAUCAGAAAGAGAUAUUCAACGAGCUGGACACUCUCGAUGCAGAUAAGAAUAAAUUCGUCUGGAAAAAGAACGGUGUACCCUUCGAUCCUGAGGAGCGAUUCAAGGUGCUAAUGGCUGAUGAUUCUGAUUCGUUGGCUCUUGUCUUCCAGCACGUGAAACCAGAAGAUGCUGGACUCUACACUUGUGUUGCCGCAACCGCUUCCGGCAAUAUCCAGUGUAGUGCUGAACUGACAGUUCAGGGACAAGUCAACCAACUGCAACAGGAGCCAACCAAGCCGCACCUUGAAGUUACAUCGAAGGAUGCACUGGCUCGAAUUGGCGGUAAAGCAAUGCUCGAGAUGAAAGUCCACGGCUAUCCAAAGCCAGAGCUCGUAUGGCGUCACGAGGGUGCCAUAAUCGAACCACAUGGUCGCUUCAAGUUCCUCUAUGAGGACGCCGAAUCCGUAACGCUGGUCAUCAUGGAUGUGCAACCUUCGGACGCCGGUGCCUACUCCAUCGUUGCACAGAAUCAUCUUGGCGAAGAUUCGACCUUUAUCAACCUCGUUGUCAAGUAUCCACCAACCAUUGUCAAGCCGCACGACACCUCGGCCAUGGUCGGCGAAAAUUUCAAAAUGUCGAUCGAGGUGAACGCAGUUCCGGAGGCUACCGUCCGCUACUACAAGAACGGCAAAGAGUUCAAGGAAAAUGAACGCAUCAAGUUCUUGACGGCCGAAAACUACCACAUCAUCAAGUACACCCCUACGGCGGCCGAGGACGCUGGCAACUAUUCGAUUAUCGCUACCAAUGAGAUUAGCCAGGCAACGGAGUUCUGGGAAUUCACCGUCAAUGCUCCUCCACGCUGCACAUACGGGCUUCCAGAAGAAACGAUUGUCAACGAGAAGGAGGACAUCGAACUGUUUGUCAAGGCUGAAGGUAAUCCUGCUCCGAUCGUACGGUGGUACAAAGACGGCAAAGAGAUUGUCGCUGAUGGUAAGCGUAUCAUAAUGAUCGAGGAUGAUGGUCGCUUCACACUGAAGAUCCACGCGGCGAAUCGUGACGAUACGGCACGUUACGCGGCCGAUAUCAUCAACGACUACGGUACCAUUACGCAACGUUCGCAGGUCAAUGUGAACUGCCAAGCGAUGGUUCGUGAAAAGCUGACGUCAAUCACCUGCAAGGAAGGGGACAGCAAUAUUGUAAUGAGUUUAAAAACUGAUGGUUUCCCGAGACCAAAGGUCCAAUGGUACAUCGAUGAUAUCGAGAUUACCGAGUCGCGAAACGAGUUCAAGACAGUCGAAGAGGGACUGUAUUACAAACUGAUUAUGAAGGAAGCCAAGGCCGAACUUCAGGGCGUUUACAAAGCCGUUUUCACCAAUGUAUACGGCUCGGAUGAAAGUAGCGCUAAGACUACUGUUCAGUGUACACCCAAGGUUCGUAAGCCGUUGGUGGAUACGGAGGUCGACGAAAACACCACUCUGACUCUGGAGGUUGAAAUCUACGCUGAGCCCGAGCCGGAGAUUACCUGGUACAAGAACGGACAACCGGUGCAGACAGACGCGCGGUUGACGAUCAAGCGCGACUCACAGCGGGUGGAAAACUAUACGCUGUCGUUGACGAUGGUGCGUGGUGCCGAUUCGGGAGACUACGAGGUCCGAGCGGUGAACUCUAUGGGAACCAUAUCCAGCAAAUCUCGGGUCGUUGUCCAGAAGGCCCUUGUAGCAAGCCCCAGUGAGAAUGCCGAAGCACACCGCAUGUUCAGCGAAUGUACCACAAUCGGUCAGAACGGAGAAACGAUCAUGAUCUCAGUACACACCGAAGAGAGUCAUGCUGCCAUCGUUACAGGACCCGAAGAAUCGCACUCAGUUCAUCAAAUGCGUGCCACUACAAUCAUAUUCGAAGAAGACAGCGGAUCUCCUCUGGAAACUCCUCAACGAAUUAUCUACCCAAACAAACCGCACGCUUCUGCCCUGCAUGUGGAAGAAAUAGACAGUAUAACCUUCCAAUCUCCGGAGGACACAGCUAAGUAUCAUAACCUGACGGUGAAUGAGUCUUCCGGCACUAGGCUGAUUAUCGAAGAGCAAGAAUCGGACAACGAAGCCUUCUCUUCAAGUUCUGGAAAGUUUUCCCGGGGAGUUUCAAUCACUUCGGCAACUACCUCGGAUGAUGAAGUUUCGUUCUCGCGGCAAUCCAGCAGACUGGGCACUGAAGAACCUGAGCUAGCCCAACGAAUGCAGGUGAACGGAGUCUCUGCAGAAGCAAACCAAGCAGAGAUAUCAAAAGCAUUGCAGAAGGAGGACGCUGAACAACGUGAUGCAGAGAAAGGUAAAAAGGUGCACUUUAAAGACGAUUUAGCUGCAGACUCUGAGAAAGCGAAGUUGAUGGAGAGGCUUGACAGAACGGAAAACAAAAUGGAAGGCGACGAAUAUUGCGUUCAAAUAGGCGGUGAUACAAAUACUCCCAAGGCAGGAAGAAUGCUUGAGAAGAUAGAUGCAGAAGAACACAAAGCUUCUGAAAGUGAGGCAAUAGACACAACCGACCUUCAAAGCGAGAAGGGCAAGCAAGCAAAAGUGCUAGAUAAAGUAGAUGCAGAGGAAUGCCAUCCUGUCGGUAGAAUGCCAAUAAAAACGGAAGACGUUCCAUCGGAGGAUGCUGGCAACACUAGAAAGAAGUUGGAGAAAGCAGAUAUAGAAAAUGCAAAAAUUUCUGAAGGAAAAUCUAUGGAAUCAAAAGACAUUGACUCUCCAAGAAAAGCCUUGUUGAAAGAUACAGCGGAAAAUGAAACAACCGACGCAUCGAAAGAACCAAUUCUCAGUGAAGAUUCAUCCGAAUCUCUCAAAGCCAAGCAGCUAAGAAAAGAAUCAGUAGAAGAAAUUUCUAUUAAAAAAUCAGCCAUGGAAGAAAGUGCAGCCAAUGAAAAGUCUAAAAAGGCUCUUUUGAAAGACGAAGCAGUCGCAGAAGAAGCUGCUGUGAAGUCAAAGAAAUCAACAGAAUCUGAAGCCCAACAACCCAUGCAACCAGAAGCGUCGCCGGAAAUUCUUAUGACCGACAUUGCUGAUGUCACUACGUUCGAUUCCCUGCCACUGACGUGGAUGGUCGAAGCCGACGGUAUCCCGAGACCAACCGUCGCCUGGGUACACAACGGAGAGGAAGUGAAAGCUAGUGAGCGUAUCCGUAUUACUGACUCUGGCACUCUCUACAAGAUCGAGAACCUCGACGUCAAGGAAGCUGAUGCCGGCGAAUGGAAGGCCGUGGUCAAGAACCGCAUCGGAGAAAAGUCUCUGCCCUGCAAUCUUACCGUUAUUCCAUGCAAGGAGUAUCGCCGUCCCAAAUUCCAGAAGGGCUUAGAGAGCCUCAGUGUUCAUAAGAAUGAACAAGUCACUCUGAGCGUAACCCUCACCGCUGACCCCGAGCCGGAGAUCACUUGGAUUCAGGAUGGCACCGAAGUGCAUGCCGACAACUUCGUGGAAAUGAAGACCGAAAUCAAGGAGUUGGAGUACAACCUCAAGGAAAUCACGUACACUCUGUACAUCGCGGAAGCUCGUCACUACGACACUGGCAAUUACACAUUCCGUGCGAAGAACAAGUACGACAUCAACGAGUCCAACUGCCGGUUGGAUGUGCUGUUGAAGCCAGAAAUUGAGAACUUCCACGACAUCACGGUGGAGCCGUUCACGCAAGGUGUCUUCCAAGUGCUGAUUAAAGCCAACCCGAAACCGAAGGUUGUCUGGACUAAGGAUGGUAUCAACCUGUGCAACGUCGACAACUGUGACGUUAUUGCCGACGUCGAAAAGGAAAUCUACACCCUGUUGGUCGAAUCGUGCGCUCUUGCCGAACAUGGAACGUACACCAUUACAGCUUCCAACACCUUUGGCGAAACAGUAGCCAGCGCCAAGUUGAACGUGCACAUGACGAAACCAACCUUCACCAAGGAACCAGACAGCAUGCACGUGCAUGACUGGGGCGAUGUCUACAACAAGGUGGAAGUUUCGGCUGUUCCACGUCCAACUAUUCAGUGGUUGCGCAACGGAACCCCCUUGAACUUGGAGGAAAUCGACGAAGAAACUAACGAACCGAAGGUUAAGGUAGUUACUUCCGGCGACACCGAAGUUACGAGCGAGCUGUUCAUCAGCCAUUUCGGUCCGGAAUGGCAAGGGGAUUACUCUUGUGUGGCUUCGUGCAUCGGUGGUGAGACGGAAGCCAAGUUCAUGAUUUUGGUCAAGAACGAACAACCGGUGUUUGGUAAGGGACUCGAGAGGGGUAUGGAUUUGGAAGAGGAUGACCGGUUGGAGUUGGCUUGUAUCGUUGACGGUAGCCCACUGCCGAAGAUGACCUGGUACAAAGAUGGCCACGAGAUUACGCCUAAUGAGCACAUUAAGAUCACCCACGGCCAUGAUGGACGCUGCCGAUUGAUCAUCGAUAAGGUUGAUCCAGGGGACAGUGGCUGCUACAAGCUUGUUCUGACAAACAAGACCGGUGAAGUUUCUACGCAGUCUUGCGUUGCAGUUACACCCAAACAGCGUUACCCGGUGUUCAUUCGUCCGUUGCAAGACCAUAAGGUUGCUGUUGGCGAAACGCUGCAUGUGGAAGCUAAAAUUGCAGGCUUCCCCAUGCCUGAAGUUAGAUGGUUUAAGGAUGGAUUGCCUGUGCAUCAGACCAAGGCUAUCAACUUCAUCAACGAACCCGACGGUAUUGUUGGAUUUAUUAUUGAUCGUGCCACUCCUGAAGAUGCCGGUAUUUAUACCUGUGAGGUGGUGAAUGAAGUUGGAAAGGCUACAUCGGCCUCUAUUGCGGAGGUUAUUCCAAAAUCGAGAAAGCCACAAUUCGUCAACGAGUUGCAGGACAUGAGCAUUGUGGAGGGUUACCCUCUGAAAAUGAACGUCAAGGUAGUUGGAUACCCUGCCCCUGCCAUCAAUUGGUUGCACAAUGGAACACAGAUCACUGGCGAUCGUUUCAAAAUCACCGAAGAAGGUGAAGGGUGCUCUACUCUUACAGUUGAAAAGUCUAUCGGAACCGAUUGCGGAGAUUAUCAAGUAGUUGCCUCUAAUGAAAACGGUGAUACAUCAUGCACUGGAAAAGUUACAGUUCUUCCUGUUACGGAUACGUCUAUGGGAGAAGAGCCUCCUAGCUUCUUGGGAGGUAUCCGUGACAUCACCGCAGACGAGGGCAAGGAACUGACGUUCAGGGCUCGAUUCAUCGGAAACCCUGCACCGGAAGUGAUCUGGACUAAAGACGGUGAACCACUGCAGCCAACUGGACGUGUUACUGUCACUUGUGAUGGCAAAACAGUCGGUCUCACCAUAACUCCCGCUGAAGUUUCAGAUUCCGGUGAAUAUGCCUGUCUGAUGGCUAACCCGUUAGGAGAAACCGAAACCAAGGCGUCCGCUAUUGUCCGUAAAAUGUUCCAGAAGCCGAACUUUGUCUACCGUUUCCCAGAUAUUCAGCAGCUACCAGGGUUGGAAGCGAAAUUCCCAGCAAAAUUGGUCGGCACACCUCGUCCAACCGUACAGUGGUACAAGAACGAAACUCCCAUCUAUCCGAGCGAUCGCUACAAGAUGAAGUACGAAGGUGAACAUUGCUGUCUGUACAUUAAGGAAUGCGUCGAAUCAGACACUGGAUUGUACUCAUGCACUGCUACCAAUCGCGAAGGAACGAGCACCGUUGAAGCCAAGUUGGAUGUCGUUUCUCAACUAACGAAGGGCGAUGAACCAACUCCUGCUUACUUCAUGAAGAAACCAGUAGACAUGACAGUACUUGAAGGCAUGAAGGCCAAGUUUACGGCAUGCGUAGAUGGAUACCCAUUGCCAACUGUGGAAUGGAUCCGCGAUGGCCACCGUCUGGUGCCGAGCGAAAAAUACCGUAUUGAAGCCGACAUCAACGGUCUUGCUCGUUUGAUUAUCGACGAUGUCCAGGAGGAAGAUCUUGGACGUUACACUUGCAAGAUCAGCAAUAAUUUGGCUGAAGUAUUGGCCCAUGUUAAUCUACGCUUCGAACCUCUCGAUGCUUGUCCAAGACGUCGCUUUGGAAAGACCAAAGAUAAGAGCUUCAUUCAUACCAGCCCGUAUCCUCUCAUGGACAGGCCGAUUAUCUCUAAGUUGUCCGACCGCCGCUUGACUUUGUCUUGGAAACCCUCCAUGACUACCGUUCCACGUGAGCCUGUAACUUACCAGGUCGAAAUGGUCCAGCUUCCCGAUGGCGACUGGUACACAUACCGUUCUGGAAUUCGUAGCUGCUCAUGUGAAAUACGCGAUUUGGAACCCUUCCGUGAUUAUAAGUUCCGUAUCCGAGUCGAGAACAAGUACGGCGCUAGCGAACCCAGCCCAUAUGUUCAAACAUAUAGACAGAAACUGGAGUCUGAGCCUCCAGUGUUUUAUCCAUAUUUUGGACCAGGGCGUGAUUACCGUCCGGGCGUUUCCCCGCUUUUCCCACGCAACUUCGACGUAGAACGUCCCUCGCAUCGUGACCGAGCUUCUGGUAUCCCACCGGAGUUCCUCCGUCAAGAGUUCCCCGUCCAAUACGGUACCAAGAAUCACAACGUCAGCCUGUUCUGGUUUGUGUAUGGUUAUCCGAAGCCAACAAUGACCUACUACUUCAACGAUCAGAAGAUCGAAGCCGGCGGUCGUUAUUGUUUCAGUUAUACCAGAAACGGCCAGGCUACGCUGUUCAUCAACCGCAUGAGCGAGCGGGACGUUGGCGUGUACGAAGCCGUGGCUACCAACGAGCACGGCUCCGUACGGCAACGCGUCUGCCUCGAGCUCGGUGAAUUCCCACGAUUCCUGCAGCGCCCGGAAGAGGUAUUCAUUAUGGGUCGCCGUUCGGGCCGCGUCGAAGCCAAGAUUGCCGGCGUACCCUUCCCGGAUGUGAAAUGGUACAAGGACUGGCAACCGAUCACGGAAUCAUCACGCCUUAAGAUGAUCUUCUACGAACCGGACACGUGGGUUCUGUUGAUCACUGACGCGAUCAAAAAGGACGAAGGUCUGUACUCGAUCAGCGUACGCAAUGCUAUUGGGUCGGUCAGUUCGUCGGUUAUGGUUCACGUCGAGGACAACGAAGAAGACUACGUUUACAACGCCCAUCACAGAACUCCGUACGUCCGAGCAAGGAACAAGGUCUAUGAAGACUACUACGAUAUUGGUGAUGAGAUUGGAAGAGGUACGCAGGGUAUCACGUAUCACGCCACGGAACGUUCCAAUGGUCGCAAUUUCGCCGCUAAGAUCAUGUAUGGCAGUCCAGAUUUGAGACCGUUCAUGUUCAACGAGGUGGACAUUAUGAAUGUCCUGAAUCAUAGGAAGUUGAUCCGUCUGCACGACGCAUAUGACAUCAACAAGUCGUUGACGUUGAUCAUUGAGCUGGCUUCGGGUGGCGAGUUAGUUAGGGAUAAUCUGUUGAUGCACGACUACUACACCGAACGCCAAGUCGCCAUCUAUGUGUAUCAGAUACUAUUGGGGUUGGAGCACAUGCACACUCGAGGAAUUGGUCAUAUGGGAUUGACAAUUAAGGAUCUGCUAAUUGCUUAUCCUGGUAGCGAUAACUUGAAGAUUUGUGACUUUGGUUUGUCCCGUCGAAUUGAAGACGAUAAAUUGUACACGCUGGACUACGGAAUGCCAGAAUUUGUUGCUCCGGAAGUGAUCAAUCGUCGCGGUGUUGGUCUUGGGCAGGAUAUGUGGAGUGUUGGUAUCAUUACCUACAUUCUGUUGGGUGGUAUUAGUCCGUUCAUGGGUAGAAAUGAUCGCGAAACUCUGACUAAGGUGCGUGAUGGUAAAUGGAGCUUUGUUGGUACUGUAUGGGAGUUCAUUUCUUCGGAGGCUCGCGAUUUCAUCACAAGAUUGCUGGUCUACGAAGACGAACAUCGCAUGACUAUCAAGGACGCACUGAACCACUCCUGGUUCGAUAUCAUCUACAAACGUAGCUUUGAUGAGUACCAAAUCGGCACGGAUCGUCUUCGUCGGUACUAUUAUCACUACAGAGAUUGGUACACCAACGCUUCGUGCCGUACCUGGUACCGCCGUCGUCCAUUGAUGAGCUGCUUCGAUCAUCCUUCGAAGAUGGUGUAUCCACCUGGAAUCAUUUUCACUCCGGAAGGCACCCCACCACCAGUGGCCGUCGACGAUAUCCCGCACAAGCGUAGGAAGUGGGACGAAUACGUCUCCAAGGACAACCACCCGGAUUACGAGACGGCGUCUUUCAAAUCCGAAAGCCACUACCAGUACGGACCGGACACAUACUUGCUGCAGCUACGUGACACCACUUUCCCCUGCCGUCUGCGUGAAUACAUGAAGAUUGCCAAGCACCGAUCGCCAAGCUUGCUCAGCGAGAGUAACUACGAUGGAAGCUUGCCGAUCAUCCGCGAGCGUCGUCGUUUCACUGACAUCAUGGAUGAAGAAAUCGACGAUGAACGCCGAAGCCGAAUCAGCCGCUACGGAACGGAUGACAGCGUAACGAUUAGUCGUCGCCUCCGUACGGAAGUUGGAACGCGCCUUGGUUCGUAUGCCGAGGCUGAAGCUAUGAUAGAAGUUAAGCGGGAAGGUCAGCCACCGUUCUUCCGCGAGAAGCCCCAAACGAUCGCUAUUCGGGAAGGUGAACCUAACCAGAUCGUUUGCUACGCGGUCGGUGAUCCGAAACCAUCGGUUACGUGGUUCCGCAACGAUAUGGUCGUUACCGAUAGCAACCGCAUCAAGGUAUUGGAUGACGUUGAUGGUCGCUCGGUAAUCCAGUUCCACCCGGCGUCGCAUAACGACUGCGGUAUCUACAAGGCCGUUGCUAGCAAUAGAAUAGCAAAGACAACGUCUCGCUGCCGGGUAGUGAUCGCUAUUAUCCCAGAUGCUCCGGAUUGUCCGGAUGCAGUUGCUGUAAGCGAUACUGAAGUAUUGCUGCGGUGGAGACAGCCUCGCCAUGACGGAAACUCGCAGGUUAUUUGUUACAGCUUGGAAAUGAAGCAGCAUGGAAAGCUCGAUUGGGUGGAUGUGGCGAGCAACAUCGAUCACGAGUUCUACCUGGUCCACAGCCUAACACCUACUACGGCUUAUCAGUUCAGACUGGCGGCCUACAAUCGAGUCGGCUGGAGUGACCGUGGCGUUGGUACGAAGUUGAUCCAUACUCUGGAGGUAGGAGCUCCCAAGAUUCAGAUUACUCGAGCUAUGAAACAGUUACAGCAGCUGACUGAGUCUGGUCAACACGUGGCACCUGAAGAACGUUCCGGACGUCUGGAUUAUAGCUACGAGAAGACUCCACUGAAGUGGUCCGUUGAGGGCAACUACAACGAAAAGUUCAGCUUCAUGUCGGAGAUCUCGCGUGGUCGGUACUCGAUAGUAGUUAAGGGACUGGAAAAGGCCACAGAUAAGAUCGUUGUCGCGAAAAUCUCUGAACUGGGAGAUGAACGCAUUGCGGAAGCAACGGAGCGUGAAUUUGAGAUGCUUCGCACACUGAGACACGAACGUAUUGCUAGCCUGUUGGCUGCCUUCAAACCUAAAAACACAUCUAUCGCUGCCUUGGUAAUGGAGAAACUACAGGGCGCCGACGUUCUAACUUAUCUGAGUAGCCGAUCAGAGUACUCCGAACAAAUUGUGGCCACGAUCAUCAACCAGAUUUUGGACGGUCUGCAAUAUCUGCAUUGGCGCGGAAUCGCUCAUUUAGAUCUUCAGCCUGACAAUAUUGUUAUGUCUUCGGUACGACAGGUGCAGGUGAAAUUGGUCGAUUUUGGAGCGGCGCAACCCGUGUCUAAAUUGGGAUCGUCUGUUCCAAGUCUGAGCUGGUUGGACUUUACUUCUCCUGAAGUGCUGAACGGCGAGGCCGCCUAUCCACAGACCGACAUCUGGAACGUUGGCUGUUUGGCGUACCUGUUCCUGUCGGCAACGAGUCCGUUCCGAGGAGGAGAUGAAGCCGAAACCCGUGCCAACAUUACCUUCGUGCGCUACAGGUUUGAAUAUCUCUUCAAGGAGGUCACCCAGGAGGCCACCCGGUUCCUGAUGUUGAUCUUCAAGCGUGCGCCAACGAAACGUCCGUCGGUGGAAGAAUGCUUCGAACACAGAUGGCUUGUACAUACCGACUUCAUGAUCAAGAAGCGCGAGCGUGCGAUCUUCCCCGGUAGCCGUCUGAAGGACUUCUCCGAAUACUACCAUUCGAUGAAAACGAACGAGGCCACCAAGUCGGAGACUAUCUCCAACCUCGGUGGUCAAUCUCCUCGUCAGUUGCUCCGAUCCAACAGCAUCCAGGAGGAACUGUUGACCACUUUCUAAUCCUGUCAACUAUCACUAUCAGCUACGUUCUAGCUAAGUCGUUACUUUCGUCUUUUGAAUCCUUCAACUAUUUAUUUAUUUAUUUUAUACUGUUCUAGUCCCCCAAACAGUUAGAUCCCUCCUAUAUAGAACAAGUAAUCUUCAUCCACUUUUGUACAUAUCCGAUUUUUUAUUUUAAUGAAAGGAAACUAUAGCACCUUGUGUUUAUUUUCUAAACGUGUAAGCAUAGGAUUUAAUUCAACAAGCAAACUAUGGCUACUACUACGACACAGGAAACACUUUAUAUAUUUGUAUAUGUGAUAUCCGAGUCAGGGAAACAAUUUUUUAUAUGAAUUUUUAACCGAAUCUCUAACCAUACAAAUACGUUACACAUCCCUGAAGAAACUGACUCGGACCCAUAUAUAUCCAGCUGGUUCCCUAUACUAGUAGUGUUUGUGUUUGCGGAAAUUACCCAUAUAACGCCAUCGCCGAUCAUAGAGGAGAACAGGGAAAAGGAAAACUCUUGACGAGAACUGUAAAAAUUAUUUUCACGCAUGGUACGAAAGCUUUUAACCGAAUGCACACAAAAGCAGAAGAGAAAAAAAAAUCUGCUUAUUUUGAAGUGAGAGAGAGAGAGAGCCCGAUAAAACGUGUAAUAUUCGUCGCAUUAAGGUUGCAACUUUAGGUCAUAUAACAAAAUUAACGAAACUGCGAAGCUUUAAGAAUGUAGUCUAAAUUACUUCCUUGUUUCCCAUUCUGACAUCUUCUUUUCCUUAAAACAAAUUGAUUAAAUAAAUAGUUGUGCAAAAUUC